AUGAGUCGCCAGAGCAGCGAGACCGUAGAAAACGUCCACCACUCCCCUCGCCGGCCGUCCAACUUGGGAAGCGUGAUGGCGAGAAAGAGGGAUCAUGAUGCUGUUGGCCGGAAGGUUUACGGUCAUCACUCCAAGGCUAAACUCCAGAAGCUCCAGGAGAAAGUCAAAGUCCACCAGCAAUACGUGGAAGAGUCCAUCAGAGCCCAGACAUGUAACGUCGCCGCCGCCAACACCACCACACUGUCACCGUCAGCAGCGUCCACGCCGGGCAACUCGAUGUACUCGACACCGAUGAUGCACCAUGACACUGCAGGCUUCGGCGCCGAGCUAUUCAUGACACCACCAGAGCAGUUCACCACCGAGUGUGCGCCCUUUGGCACCCACAUCCAAGACGAAAAUGCCUUCUUUACAUCGUUCCAGUCGGCCGCGGCCUUCACGCAUGCUCCCCAAUUCUCCCCGUGGGACAUGCUGCCCGGUUCAUACGACGCAAAAGAGCCGCUGACGCCCGGACCGUCCUGCUCGGCCUCGGAUAUACUGACAGGGUUCACAAUGGAGGACCCCUUCUGCACGGCUCAAAGUCUACGAGGCUUACACGGCACCGACAACGACACGCAACAACGGCUCUCUCCGGCAUGCACCGGAAGGGCGCCAGAAGAAGAAGGCCGGGCGUAUGAGGACACGCCCGAUUUCCAUUCGCCCCAGGGCCGCGUGCGCCACGUCAUAGAGCAGGCGGCGGCCGUCGGCUUCGAGACGCUGGACGAGGCCAUCGCGGCGUACUACACCGAGACGUUUGAGGAUGUGCCGUCGCUGUACCAGGAGCAACGGCUGAGCCGUAACCGGCGGCUGCCGCGGCUCCUGAGCACGCUGCAGAGCGCCGCCAAGGGCUGGAGCGAGUGGGAGCGGCGGGGGUUUCAGGAGCAGAUCGCGAUGGGCGCCGAGGAGCUGCUCGUGCAGGAGUUGAGGACGUUUAUCGCGCGGCAGAAGACGGGGGCGGGCAACGGGAUCGAGGCAACGGCGAGCAACGAAGUCACGGAGACGGCAUCGGCGAGGAGUCAAAGGGUGCAGAACGAUGUAAGUGUCGUCGCCACCACCUUGCAGUUACUAGGAAGCCUUCACGACUAA